AUGAAAAGUCUCAUAAGCUUUAUCGCCCUUAUUGGACUUGCUUCUUGUUUGACAUUUGGAUCAUAUGAUUCAAAUUUAGACCCUGGCAGAAUUGUUUGGCCAAAAGAUACUUGGUUUAACAACCCUAUUGAGCUUGCCCAAACUAAUACAGGAUCAACAGUCACCAUGACAGUUAACUUCAGACCUACUACUACUUUGACUGGAGCAACAGUUCAGAUCAUUUUCCCUUCAACUUAUUCUACAGAAUCUACCAAAACUGUUACUCUUUCCACUACUUACAACUUAGAGUCUGGCAAAGAUACAAGUGUUACUUAUUCUACAACUCUUCCUAGCGCAGGCUCAUAUGGUCCAUUUGGAAUAGUUACUAGACGCAGCGAAACUGGGCAAAUUGUCGAUGCAAACUACAAUUUCGGUUGCAUCGCAGUAACUAGCUCAGUAUCAUCAAGCUCUCUUACUGUUUCUAGAACUACAAGCAGUACUGCCACUACAAUUAACACUGACAAUACUCUUGAAUUCCAGUUCACACUGACCUUCAGUCUUUGGGCUCAUGAUAUCAUUGAGAUUGCUCCAGAUUCAAAUUGGGUCCUAAAAACAGGCCCAACUUGCAAAUCAGUCGGAGACUCAAACCCUCUCUUAGGUCCAGACAGCUCGAAUACCAGCAACCUACCUUGCUCACUUGGACUAAAAAGCUCAACAACUGCUGGAGUGGCAACUGGGGCUGAUACUACUGUUGCUUCAGACAGCAUUUAUAUUUAUGGAAUUGCUUCAGACGCUUAUGUUUCUCAAGGAUCGACUUCAAAUUCAUAUACCAUAAAGCUUGAUGUUAGUUCUAUUACUUCACCAGCAUGGGUCACAAGCUCAAGCUCCUGGACAGUUUACAUUUGGAGAUUCGGAACCAACAACUUGCUUGCUAACUCCCCCCUCCGUGAGCGAACCAAAAAAUCUUGUAGGGGGUUUAAGUUUUUUUAAAUAAAAUUAUAUAUAUAUAAAUUUUUAUAGAAAAAUUAUUUUUUCGAAAUUUAAAAAUAUCCCACUUCGCAAAAAUUGGAAAGCAAAUAUUAUUUUAAUUUGUAAAGUUUAUGUUUUAAAACGCAACUCCAUUAAAAUUAAUAGAGAUUUCAUUAUACUAAUUAUACUUAUAUAUAAUUUUUUUUCCAUAAAAAAUUUUUGUUCGCUCACGGAGGUGGGGUUUUUGGGUAAAAAAUAGGUGUUUUUCUAAUGGUUUUGUUCGCUCGCGGAGUGGGGGAGUAAGUACUACACAAGCUCUGGUCCAGCAUCUACUGCAGGAUCAGCUACUUUUACAAGCUGGCAAAGUGUUAACUUCCCUUCAAACACAGUCAUGCAAAAUCAAGUUAUAUUUACUAAGCUUACAGUAGGCACUAAUAAUCCUUUGCCUGCUGAAAGCACUUUGACUGUCACUUUCAGCGGUGUUAAUAUAUAUGAUACUAUUUGGUGGUCAGAUCUCGAUACCACCACUGGCGCAUCUGCUGAUGGACUAUGCUACGUUACCCCAGCUAUUGAUGGCGCAAGCUGUUCAGCAUCUGAUGCGACAACUGCAACUGUGACAUUUACUAAAGCACAAGCUAAAGGAUCAGUAUCUUUUGUUUUAUUAAGCUACUUAUCUGGAUCAAGUCCAACAGUUACUAAAAUUACUACAUACUAUGGCUCAACCUCUAAUGUUGUAGAUCAAAGCGCAAGCAAUCCAGGCACAUUUACAGUUAAAGUAGCCUCAACAACUUAUUAUAAGAUUCCUGAUGUUGCUUUGCAUGCUCUUUCACACGGCACUACAAGCUAUCCAAAAAUGACCUCUCAAAGUGCCCCUGCUCCAUAUGCUCUAGGAGCCUCAGGUUCUGUUAACGGGCAAAACCAAGGAGGUGUCAAAAAUAAAGAUAUUUUCAUUCGUAUUACUCCUGGCAGCUCAAACACUUGGGGUGGUGGGUCUGGUUAUGCAACAACUGUAGUUUUAUAUUUCAACAGAGCAACUUCAUUCGAAUAUAGUAAUUUUGGCUCAGUUUAUUUUGAGAGCACUGCUUCAAAAGCUGAUUACAUUGAUACUGCAUCUUCAUUUUCAUCAGCAGCUGCCACUUUGACAGCAACUACUAAUGGUAUUACUCCUGGAGUCUCAACAAGCAAUCAACUUUCUUUAUCAUUCACUUCCUCAACCGAUGGUCUCGCAAGUGGCUCUUACUACUUUUUACAGUACUCUGAUGCUACCAAAACAAGCUUACCUUUUAUAGCAUCCAAUCUAGGAACCUUUUACGAAAUUUGGGCUAUUGCAUCCUAUACAGUGACUACCACAGCCACAACUGAAAUUGGGAGCUCAGUAAUUUCUGUACUUCCUCAAACCGCUAGUUCUCAAUUCUUUACAGUGCCUAUUUGCAUAGAUAACCUGGAUGGAAUCCCAAUAGUCAAUCACUAUGAACCAUUAACUGUAGACUUUGACUUUUCCUCCCAAUCAUACGCAAUUGACAUUGAAAUUGAUGUAGGAUAUAGCACUACGACAGGAUUCAUGGGUACUGGCAUCAUGGCAAAUAGCGAUAAUACUGGAACUCUUACCCUUAAUACCAACUUUUUAUCUAGUGCCUCUGGCGCUACUGCUACUUUUAAAGUCUCAACGAAUAAGCUAACAAUUACUCUCAAAGGUCUUGGAUCGACUACUAUUUCAUCUUCAACAAAGGUAUUAACUUAUUUCCCAAGCGCAAUCGCUACCUUAGCAGAAGCAUCCUUGAACAUUAAUUCAUAUUUCUACUUCCCAAAAUCAUCUGAUAGUUCAGUUAGACAAGUUCUCUACCAAGGUUCACUUAGCUGGACCGUCGCAUCUGUAAAAAAUUUCGAUGCUACAUCAACAGGUGCUACAAAAACUUCAGCCACAGCAUGGGCCAUUGGAUCUUCAGCAGGCGUUACUAUUUCUAAUACUCUUGAUAGCGAUAAUAGAGCAACUUCAAUAGUCAAUAAUGAUUAUAGGGCUUUCCCUUGAAUAGCCCGAUAACGGGCUGGCUUCAUCCCGUCAUUGGGCUAUUCAAUGGAAAGCCCCAUAUAUUGGAAUUGGCCUCUCACCAGGAUUUAUAUUUUCAGGAACUCCUACAUACUCUGUUAAAGUUGGUUCGGGUAGUACUACAAAUUCUCCUGCUUCUACAACAUAUUAUUUAGGCUCUUCAAGUGAUACUGGAGUCGGCGGGUUUAUUAUGGCUUAUGGUACAUGGGGUGCUGCAACACCUACUUCUACUGCAUCAACCUAUGACCUCGCAGUUACAGCUCUCCAACCACCAAACCAUUCUCUUAUAGCUGGAGAAGGCACGUGGGGUGUGUGGGUAGCAUCAUCAUCAGCAAUAGGAGGCGCAUGCUCUUAUUCUGAAGCUUAUUCUAGCUCCUCUGAUUCUACUGUUACAAUAGAUGAAACCACAUUAGCCACUCCGACAUGCACUAGCAGUUCUGGCUCUAUUAUAGGGCUAAGUGCAGACUCUGUAAAUCUUUCAAUGACUUUUGGCUUCACCACUACCAUUACAGUGCCUAAAGAUGGUAAAGUUACUUUCACUUUGGAUAGCUCAUGGACUUGGCCAAGUACAGCAUCAAGCUACUCAUCUUCAAUUUCAGCAACUUUUGGCAUUUCUGGCUCAACUUUAACAGCUACGUUGACUGCUGAACUUAAAGCAGGCUCAUAUACUGUGAUCGCAGCUGGAGUUGCACCACCAACAAAUAGCGGAGCUUCAAGCAUUGACAAGGAUUGCUUCACAGCACUUAAAACCUCGACAGCUGGUUUUACAAUUGAGAGUUGGGCUACAGCUGGAGGAAGCCCAUUGCAAACAUCAAUUGCUUCUUCUGCUUCUGUGACAACUGGUGUUUCUACUUUGACUGUCAAUGCCUAUCCUAACGUUCCAAGCAAGCUUGCUGAUAUCUUGCUUACAUUUUCUUUAAAUAAAAAAAUCCCUGCUACUGGCUAUAUUACGAUAUCGACACCUUCUUCUCUUACUUGGUCUUAUUCCACAUCAACAGCUAGCAUUAAAAACUACUGUUGGACCAACUUUGUAUACAGCAGAUGUGAAAUAGCUUCAUCAACUACAAUCAACAUUUACCCAUCUGCUGACAUUGCCUCUGGAACCAGCAUUGUUGUUUAUUUGGAUGGCGCAACCACUUUUUCAGCUGCAGGAAGCUCAGGAAACUUCUUGAUUUAUGCCUAUUGGGGAUCAGCUCCAACUAAAAUUGUUGAUGACUCAGCAGUCACCUCAGGUGGAGCUGCAAUUACUGUUGGAUCUGCUGUUUCUGCUGCACUUACCCUUGGAGUUACUAUGGACAUCUCAACUGCAGGAGAAAAGGCUGCUUACACAUUUACCUUCAGUUCUGAAGCAGCAAUUGCAAGCGGAGAUCUAAUAUACAUUCAAUUCCCAAGAGACUUUGACGCUUACAUUGGAGAUGCUGACAACACCUACCCUGACUGUUUACCAAAUAACUGGUAUCUCACCUGCACAUCAUCAGCUCUUGGCACCGGCAUUACUUGCACUGCAGAUCACUGGUAUCUUAUUGUAUCAGGAGCUUCUGCACAAUCUGCUGGAGCUUCAGCAUCCCUCGUUGUCUAUGGUGUAAGAAAUCCAGGACCUUCUGCAACUGGAUAUUUCAAUAUUUGGCAUUACGAUUCAACUCAAAAGCUAAAGGCUUCAUUUUAUUCAUCUGUUUCAGUAACCCCUACUUCCUCAAUUAGCAAUAUUAACCUUAAGCCUCUAUCAGCUACAGACCGCACAUUGACCACUUCCACAACCUAUAACUUCGAUUUCUACCCAGCCAUAAGUUCAAGUACCACCUUCAGCUCAGCCAAUACAUUCAACAUUGUUUUCCCUCAACAAUUCAACGUCAAACUAUACUCUACCAGCUCUUUAAGCUGCAGUGCAUCAACUUAUGAUGAAACUUCAGCCACAUCUCCUACUGGAAGCAGUUGGGUAAGCACCAGCUCUUGCAGCGUAAGUGGAAACGUCGUCUCUUUUGCCAUUCCAAGCGGCUCAACUCCUACAGUCAAAACAACUGACAGAAUCAGAAUUUCAUUGACCAGCGUUAACAAUCCACAGUAUGGCUUAACAAGAACCAAAGGUUGGGAUGUUAUAGCCUGAACACGCUAUUGCUAGAUAAUUACUAAGAAUUAGAAUUGCCAGUUCUGGGUUCAAGCUAUAUCUCUAUAUAAGUAAGUAAAUCUAGACUAUAAUAGAUCUGCCAACUCAGAGUGUUAGUUUGCCACUGGAAUUAGAAGUCAAAUUUCCAUGCAUAUUGUACAAGACCAGGCAUAAUCAGAGUAAUAAAGGGUUUAGGCUAUACUGGAAGCAAUUAUGGAUCUUCGUAUUCUUAUUGGUCAAACAGAUUUGACUUAUACGUUGUAGACUCCACCAACAAGGUCCUUACUGGAAGAACUUAUGGAGUCCUUAACUCUGGAUAUUUAGGAUACUCCCUGAGCACUGCUUCAUCAAUUGAUGUUAAUUCAUACAAAGGAUCAACCAAGGCUAACCACAUCCAACUCUUACCUGGACAACAAAGUGGUGAUAUUUCAAUCAGCGUUGUCUCAGGAUCAAAUAACUUUGGCUUGAAAUCACAAAAAUUGGUACUGACUGCAAAGACAAACUCUAAUUAUCCAGACACAGCUAGCAAUAUUAAAUUCACUUCAUUCUACCACUCAUACACUGCUUUCCAAUUGGAUAGUGAAAUCGCGUUCAGAGUAUCAGCUGCUACUGGAACUGCACUCGGAAUUUAUUAUGCUACGAAAGGUUAAGAUUGAUUUUAUGGCUGAAAUCAAGCCCUUAUUUUUAUUAUCAGUAAAUUUGUUUAAAAUUCUCAAGCUUACUCCCCCCCCUCCGUGAGUGAACAAAAAAAUUUUGUUCACUCACGGAGGGGGUUAAUUUUUUUGUUUUUAACAAAAUUUAUAUAUAAAUUAUAUAGAAAAUAUUUUAAAAAAAUCCUAAUUCGCAAAAAUUGGAAAGCAAAUAUUAAUUUAAUUUAUAAAAUUUAUGUUUUAAAAAGCAAUUUGUUUAAAAUUAAACAGAAUUAGCUCUAGAUUUCAUUAUACUAGUUAUCACUUAUAUAUCAAAAUUUUUUUCAAUAAAAAAUUUUUCUAUUAAAAAAAUUUUUGUUCACUCACGAAGGGUGGGCUUUUGGGCAAAAAAAUAGCGAUUUUUCUAAUGUUUUUGUUCACUCACGGAGGGGGGGAGUUAGCAAAGCUAGGUUUAUAUUGACUGGACUGUCGUAGAAACUCGCCAAGAUGGAGUAGCUAACAACAUUUACAGUGCUCCUCUCAGCGUUAUGGUCGAAGUUUGCAGCACCCCAACAACUGGCACAAUCGUACCUACUGUUGACACUCUUCCAACCCUUUACGUAGGCUAUACUAGCAUUCCAAUCUUUGUAACCCUUCCUAGUGCUCCAGCUACUCAAUUAAUUGUUACUCCAUCAUUCGGUACCACAGCUACUGGCAUUACCAUCAACCCUGCAACCCUUACAUUUACACCAGACACCGAAACUCUCUACUUUGAGCUUGUAGUAGCUUCAACUUAUGCCACAACUCAGACACCUAAGCUUUCUUUCACUGUAACUGGCACUGAUGCAGCUAUCUAUGCUGCCCCAGCUUCUCAAUCUCCAACAGUUACUGCAACUCUCCCUACAUCAUCAACCUCCCUAACUUUAAGCGCUGGUACUCCUACAGGUACUUCAAUGACAAUUACAGCCAAAUUCAGCCAAGAUGCAGUCAUCUAUUGGGGACUUACCUGCUAUGGUGCUGCAGCUCUUACUUACUCUGAGCUUAAGGCACAAAUCCAAAGUCUCGUAUCUCCUGAAUCUACUAUAGACAGCCUUGAAAAGCAGCUUGCAGAUGAGUAUCAGCUGGUGAGUAUUAAAUAAGCCCCUCAGCCUACAUUUUAUCUGCAUAUCUUUGGUAAGAAUUUUGCUUUUUUGGCAUUUAUUUAUAAAUUUAAAUUUUUGAAUACGUUUUAAUAAUAAAAUUUAAUUGAUUAAAAUACUCUAAAAUGCCUAAUUUAAGCUAUAAUUAAUAUGCUAAAUUCAGUUUGAUGUGGAAAGCAGUAAAAUAUGACUAAAGGUGUGAUAAUGAAUUUUUUUGGCCAUCUGGCUACUGAGACCCAUAUCGACUACACUAAAGACACUGAUAUUACUUCUUUCUUCAAGAGAAUUCACAAGAAUCACUGCAACACUCUAUGGUCCAGCGCUAUAGUAAACAGAUCUAAGAAUGGGCAAGUACAAAUCACCUUUGACUGGCUCAUGGAUAACACUCACUAUUCCUUCUAUGCAUAUGCUGACAAUAAAAUCAGCAGCACUCAACCUACUGCAACUACUGACUUUACCACCUCCUCCUCCCAGGCUGUUUAUUCCACCUCAGUAACCUUCACAGGAGAUGUCGCAGCAAGUCUUGAUGACAGUAUCAGAAGAGGCUUGGCAAAGAAUAUGGGAGUUAACCCUGAUUGGCUCAUUUCUACAGGAAGAACAACUCCAUCAUCAGCAACCGGAUCUUUAAGGUUCCUCCAGACCUCAACUACAACCUACUCAAGAUUUAACUACCAAAUGGUUUAUGACAGAAGCAAGCCAGGCUACUCCCCAUCCUAUAUGCUCGCCCAACUUGACCAAACUGGAGCUACUACUGAUUUGACUUCUAUCGCUGGAUCUGCCCCAGCCGCUUUUGGAAGCGCAACUUCUGUAUCAACUGGCACAGUCCCUACCUGGUCAGUUGACCCAUCUAAGACUUCAGUUGCUGACACAAGUGCUGUUUUCAGUGUAACCUCAUCUCAAGUUGGUAUUGCUUGUGUAUCUUGCACUGAUAUCACUACAACUAAAACUACUUAUGCUUGGCAAGUUAUUGACGGAUUAGAUGCUGAAUCUAACGAAGCACAUGGAACAUGCGCCAAUGUUACUACAGCGGCAACAGCUAUCUCACUUACAGUUUCAGGUUUAACCCAAGCCACAUCCUACACUUGCUAUUUCACUGCUUGCAACAGCUACCCAACUCAUACUUACUGUAUGGAUGCCAGCACCAGUGGAUCAACAGUCACUCCUUUGAAGAGUGUUUCAAUUACGACUACAGGGUCUAAAGAUGAUGCAGCAAUUUACCUUGGUCUCUUGACUGCUUUCUUCUUAAUCUUUAACUAA